AUCUUUUGAAAGUAAGAAGCUGGGAACUAAGACGAUGAAGGCAGACUUAGGUUUACAUACGAUGAAGAGAAUAUCCUCCGCAAUUCCUGCUUUGAUUCUACCAUUCACUGGUAAUUCUCUUCCGUUUUCUUUUUUUAAGCUGCCCAUUUCGUGUUUCCUUUCCUGUUUUUCAUCUGCAUCUGAUGAAAAUGUCCAUAUGGGUAUGUCUAAACCCACCCCUCUCGAGACAUUGGUCAUAGAUAAGUGCAAAUCGAGAUCCCUUGAGCUUAAUGAAGCUCUGGGUUUUUUCAAUUCCAUGAUUUCAAUGAGACCCUUGCCCUCAAUUGUGGCUUUUAACCAUCUGCUUGGAACACUCACUAAGAUGAAACACUAUGAGCUCGUUGUUUCCAUGUGUAAACAGUUGAUGGGUUGUAGUGAAUUGCGAGCUGAUAUCGUUGCAAUGGACAUUUGGCUCCGUUGUUUGUGUAAUUUGAAGAAAGUGGACUUAGGUUUCUCUGUCUUUGCUAUUAUUAUAAAACUUGGUCUUCAGCCUGACCCUUAUACCACGAGUGCUCUGCUUCUUGGACUGAUUGAUGAGGGUAAGAUUACAGAAGCAAUGGGGUUGUUUUGGAAAAUAUUGAACAACGUUUAUAUGUGUAAUCAAUACACUUAUGGUAUUAUUAUCAGAGGACUUUGCAACACAGGGAAUAUUCUUUUUGCAGUUGUUUUGCUGAUAAAGAUGAAUGUAAAUGGAAGAUUUGAACCUAAUUUGAUAUGCUAUAGUACAAUUAUUGAUGGAUUUUGUAAAGGGAAACAAAUGGAUAAAGCUUUGAUUAUCUUUCAAGAUAUGUUAGACCGGGGAAUUGAGCCAGAUGUUAUUACUUUUAAUUCGUUAAUUAAUGGGUUUUGCAGCAUUGGCCAAUCCGAUGAAUCAAAACAAUUAUUAGCUGCCAUGAUUAACAAGGGGAUUUCUCCUGAUGCGUAUGUCUUUAAUGUUCUUAUUGCUCCUCUUUGCAAGGAUGGGAAGAUCCAAGAAGCAAUAUCUCUAUUCGAUUUAAUGAUCCAAAGAGGCAUAAAGCCAAAUGUAGUCACUUAUACUAUGCUAAUCCAUGCGUUAUGCAAGUUUGGCGACUGGAAACUGGCCAUAAAAUUCUUCGAAAGCAUGACUGCUUCUGAAAUUUCACCCAACGUUGUAACUUUUGGUUCCAUGAUAGAUGUUUUAUGCAAGGAGGGGAAGUUAUCAAAGGCGAUUGAAAUUCUGGAACUAAUGAUUCGUACAGGGGUUCAACCAACUGUCAUCACCUAUAGUUCUUUGAUUCAUGGAUUUUGUCGUUCAGGGAAAUGGGAAGAAGCUACAAGGUUGCUCGAUAGAAUGAUGAAUGAAGGAGUUCAUCCUGAUGUUGUGACUUUCAGUUCUUUAAUACAAGCUUUAUGCCAGGAAAAGAGGACCGAAGAAGCCAAUACUAUGUUGGAACUAAUGUGUCAAAGAAACGUAAAACCAAACGUUGUCACCUACAAUUCUUUGAUUCAUGGAUUGUGCAGUUCAGGGAAAUGGGAAGAAGCUACAAGGUUGCUCGAUAGAAUGAUGAAUGAAGGAAUCCAUCCUAAUGUAGUGACUUUCAAUUCUUUAAUUGAUGCUUUAUGCAAGGAAAGGAGAACCGAAGAAGCCAAUACCAUGUUGGAAUUAAUGUGUGAAAGAAAUGUAAAACCAGAUGUUGUCACCUACAGCUGUUUAAUACAUGGAUUGUGCAGUUCAAAUAAAUGGACAGAAGGGACAAGCUUGCUUAAUAGAAUGAUGAAUGAAGGAGUCCAUCCUAAUGUAGUAACCUUCAAUUCUUUAAUCGAUGCUUUAUGCAGGGAAAAAAGAUUUGAAGCAGCAAAUACCAUGUUGGAACUAAUGUGUCAAAGAAAUGUAAAACCAAACGUUGUCACCUACAAUUCUUUGAUUCAUGGAUUUUGUCAUUCAGGGAACUGGGAAGAAGCGACAAGCUUGCUACAUACAAUGAUGAAUGAAGGAGUCGUUCCUGAUGUAGUAACUUUCAAUUCUUUUAUCAAUGCUUUAUGCAAGGAAAGGAGAACCGAAGAAGCCAAUUCCAUGUUGGAAUUAAUGUGUCAAAGAAAUGUAAAACCAGAUGUUGUCACCUACAGCUGUUUAAUACAUGGAUUGUGCAGUUCAAAUAAAUGGACAGAAGCGACAAGCUUGCUCAAUAGAAUGAUGAAUGAAGGAGUUCAUCUUGAUGUAGUAACCUUCAAUUCUUUAAUUGAUGCUUUAUGCAAUGAAAAGAGGACUAAAGAAGCCAUUACAAUGUUUGAACUAAUGAUUCAGAGGGAUAUAAAACCCAACAUUGUCACCUUCAGUUGUUUAAUACAUGGAUUGUGCAAUUCAGGCCAAUGUCAAAAAGCAAAAAGCUUGCUUAGUAAGAUGGUCGCUGAACAUAUUGUUCCUGAUAUUAAAACUUUUAACAUUUUGUUGGAUGCUAUUAGCACACAAGGAACAACCGAGAAAGCUUGCUUAGUUCUGAAGCUGAUGAAUCAAAAAGGUGUGAAGGCUAAUGGAUUUACAUACAGGAUAUUGAUCAGAAUGUAUUGUAUGCUUGGUGAAAUGAAUAAGGCAAAGGAUGUCUUUGAUUCAAUGGCAACCCAUGGUUUUUCACCUGAUUUAGUGGCUUAUAAGAUGCUGAUCAAUGGAUAUGCGAAGAGCAAAAGAAAAGAGGAGACUUUGAGGCUUGCUGAAGAAAUGCUUGAAAAGGGAUUGACACUUGAUGCGGAAACUCAUAACAUGCUAACAGGAUUGACAAGGCUAUGAAAGUUGUAUGUUGCAAUUGGAUAGAAAAAGGAAAAAUUGUCGCUUCUGCUUUCGGUGAAGAUCAAGGUGGGGGCUCAGCGUCUUGGUUAACAGUGGAAGAAGAUCUCAUCAGACAUAUAUCUACAGGAAAUUAGCCAUAUUAUUGUGUUGCUUUCUUUUGACCUUAUAUGUUCCUACUUGAAGUUCCCAUUAGGGAAGCAUGUUUGGAACAUCUGUUGCCAGCUAAAUGCUGUCAUAAGAUGCUGACUUAUGUGAGAUUCUUUUGUCCAGU